AUGUGCAUGGAAGAUCAUUGUUGCAUGAAGAAGUGCAGUCUACACCAAGUAAAAUUCGCUGUACAAGAGAGUGGUUAUGUGAGACAAAAGCGUGGUUUCAAACCACUUUCAAAGCUUAUUCAACAAGAAGGAAGUGUACAUGUUUAUCCUCAGAUGUCACCAAAAUUAAGGACUGUUGAUAAACGUUUAAACAUGUUGCCUGAACCCACAGACCCCUUCUACCCAAAACAAUGGUAUUUGAAAAAUAAUGGUCAAUCUGGUGGAAUCGAAGGACUUGAUUUGAAUGUGAAUAUGGCUUGGUCGAAAGGUUUUACUGGAAAAAACAUAACAACAGCAAUUAUGGAUGAUGCUGGUUCUCCACAAGGACUUCUGAAUCAUGAAAUGAACUAUCUUCUUGUCAAUUAUUAUUUCUCUAGGAUAUUUUCCUUCGUGUUUAAUGAUGUAAAUCUUUUUUUAAAAAAAUUUAUAAAAUUGAUUUAA